AUGGCACUGAAGAUCCUUUCCGUGUUCCUCACCCUCUUCGGUGCUGCCAACGCGGCCAUCACCCGGCACGUUGCGUGUCCUGACGGCAUCAAUACUGCGACAAAUGCUGCCUGCUGUGCCCUGUUUGCCAUCCGCGAUGACAUUCAAGAGAACUUGUUUGAUGGAGGCGAGUGCGGAGAGGAGGUGCACGAAUCUCUCCGUCUCACGUUCCAUGAUGCAAUCGGGUUCUCGCGAGCUAAACGAGCUGCCAAGCAAUUCGGCGGCGGAGGCGCCGAUGGCUCCCUCAUCGUGUUCUCCGACAUAGAAACAAAUUACCACGCAAACGGUGGCAUUGACGAUAUCGUAGAAGUACAAAAACCCUUCAUCGCCGCACAUAACAUCACCCCAGGCGAUUUCAUUCAAUUCGCAGGUGCGAUCGGUGUCAGCAACUGUCCUGGUGCUCCACGCCUGGAAUUCCUUUUGGGUCGCCCCGCGCCCAUGGCUCCUGCUCCUGACCUCACUGUUCCUGAGCCCUUCGACACCGUUGACAGCAUCUUGGCCCGCUUUGCUGAUGUCGGCAUAUCGUCAGAUGAGGUAGUUGCUUUACUUGCAUCUCAUUCCAUUGCCGCUGCCGACCACGUAGAUCCUACUAUCCCCGGGACACCGUUCGACUCUACACCAUCUGUGUUUGAUUCCCAAUUUUUCGUAGAGACCCAACUCCGCGGUACGCUUUUCCCAGGAAAUGGUAGCAAUCAGGGAGAAGUCGAAUCUCCUUUACGGGGUGAGAUCCGCUUGCAAUCCGACUUCGAAUUAGCCCGAGAUUCUCGCACGGCGUGCUCUUGGCAAGGCUUUGUGGAUAACCAGAAGAAGAUGGCGUCCGAAUUCAAAAACGCUAUGGCCAAACUAGCCGUCCUAGGACAGGAUAUCUCUCAAAUGGUGGACUGCAGCGAGUUGAUCCCUGAGCCGAAGCCGUUAACAGUUUCGGCUCGCUUCCCUGCUGGGUUCACCAUCAGUGAUGUCGAACAGGCGUGCGCUUCCACCUCGUUCCCUACGCUGGCAACCGAUCCCGGCCCUAUAACUUCAGUUGCCCCUGUGCCUCCUUCCUAA